CGGGCUGUCGGCCAUUUUGUGAAGCGGCGAAAGAGGUGGUGGCUGCUGUGGGCUCCGGGAAGCCGUUCGGGCUGGGGCUGUCGGCCGCGGGGCGGAGGCACUCGCGCGGGGGGUAACUCGGGUCUGGGUUCGGGUGCCGCGCAGCUCUCCCCGUCUAAAAGUUGGUUUUAAUUGGUUGCCCACAGGAUUGACUUGGCCUCUACUUCUUGUUAAGAAAAUACAUCUCUUGUUUUAUCAGGUGUGUGUGGUUUCAGCGCAGCAUGGCUGUGGUCAUCCGUUUGCAAGGUCUCCCAAUUGUGGCGGGGACCAUGGACAUUCGCCACUUCUUCUCUGGAUUGACCAUCCCUGAUGGGGGCGUGCAUAUUGUAGGGGGUGAACUGGAUGGCCCACUGCGUGACCUUGGUUCAACUAUCCAUUUCCUGUGACCACCUCAUUGACAAGGACAUCGGCUCCAAGUCUGACCCACUCUGCGUCCUUUUACAGGAUGUGGGAGGGGGCAGCUGGGCUGAGCUUGGCCGAACUGAGCGAGUACGGAACUGCUCGAGCCCCGAGUUCUCCAAGACUCUGCAGCUUGAGUACCACUUUGAAACAGUCCAGAAGCUCCGAUUUGGCAUUUAUGACAUAGACAACAAGACACCUGAGCUGGGGGAUGAUGACUUCCUAGGAGGGGCUGAGUGUUCCCUAGGACAGAUUGUGUCCAGCCAGAUAAUAACUCUACCCUUGAUGCUGAAGCCUGGAAAACCUGCUGGGCGGGGGACCAUCACGGUAUCUGCUCAAGAGAUGAAGGAUAAUCGUAUAGUGACCAUGGAGGUGGAGGCCAGAAACCUAGAUAAGAAGGACUUCCUGGGGAAAUCGGACCCGUUCUUGGAGUUCUUCCGUCAGGGUGAUGGGAAAUGGCACCUGGCAUACAGAUCUGAGGUAAUCAAGAACAACUUGAACCCUACAUGGAAGCGCUUCUCUGUUCCCUUUCAGCAUUUCUGUGGGGGAGACCCCAGCACACCCAUUCAGGUGCGAUGCUCAGACUAUGACAGUGAUGGUUCACAUGAUCUCAUUGGCACCUUCUACACCAGCUUGGCCCAGCUGCAAGCAGUUCCGGCUGAGUUUGAAUGUAUCCACCCUGAGAAACAGCAGAAAAAGAAAAGCUACAAGAACUCUGGGACUGUUUGUGUCAAGAUUUGCCAGGUAGAAACACAGUAUUCAUUCCUGGACUAUGUGAUGGGAGGCUGUCAAAUCAACUUCACUGUGGGCAUUGACUUCACGGGCUCCAAUGGAGAUCCUUCCUCCCCGGAAUCCCUGCACUACCUGAGCCCAACAGGGGUCAACGAGUACCUGACAGCACUGUGGAGUGUGGGCAGUGUGAUUCAGGACUAUGACUCGGACAAGCUAUUCCCAGCAUUUGGAUUUGGGGCCCAGGUACCCCCCGAUUGGCAGGUCUCCCAUGAAUUUGCCUUGAACUUCAACCCCAGUAACCCCUACUGCCCAGGCAUCCAGGGCAUUGUGGAUGCUUACCGCCAAGCCCUGCCCCAAGUUCGCCUCUAUGGCCCCACCAACUUUGCACCCAUCAUCAACCAUGUGGCCAGGUUGGCAACCCAGGCUGCACAUCAGAGGACUGCCUCGCAAUACUUGGUGCUGUUGCUGCUGACUGAUGGCGCUGUGACAGAUGUGGAGGCUACACGUGAGGCUGUGGUGCGUGCCUCCUACCUGCCCAUGUCAGUGAUCAUCGUGGGUGUGGGUGGUGCUGACUUUGAGGCCAUGGAGCAGCUGGAUGCUGAUGGUGGACCCCUGCGUGCACGCUCCGGGGAGACAGCUGCCCGUGACAUAGUGCAGUUUGUGCCCUACCGCCGCUUCCAGAACGCCCCUCGGGAGACACUGGCACAGACUGUGCUCGCAGAAGUACCCACACAACUGGUCUCCUACUUCAAGGCCCAAGGUUGGGCCCCAUUCAAGCCACUUCCACUGCCAGCCAAGAGCCCUGCACAGGCUCCUCAGGCCUAGAUUCCCUUAGAGGGUUGGCUGUGGCUCGUCCUCAGCCUUGUGUCCCCAAGGUCCCUGUGGGCAUGGCUCAGUCCUGCACACAUUGCCCAGUGCUGCACUUUACAUUUUAUACUUUUAUAUUUGCUCCUGCUGUUGCUCUUGAUCCCUCCUGCUUGCCCCUGGAAUCCUUCAUUUAAUAAAGAUCAGUGAAGACCACUGCUUUGCCACCA